CGGCGGCGGCGCGGCGGCGCCGAGGGGCAGCGGGUGGCAGGAGGCCGGGGGCGCGGGGGCCCCGGGCAGCGGCGCUCAGGGCCCCGGCGGCCGGCGGCGGCCUUGGGGCCGGGGGGAGUCCAGCCCGGAUAUUGAGUGCAGCCAUUGAGAAAAGCCAAACUCUUGUGUGUGUGCGUCUCGAAUAGCCCCCAAGAUGGCCGCCAAUGUAGGAUCGAUGUUUCAAUAUUGGAAGCGAUUUGAUCUACGGCGACUCCAGAAGGAGCUUAAUUCCGUCGCUUCCGAGCUAUCUGCACGGCAGGAGGAGAGUGAACAUUCUCAUAAACAUUUAAUUGAACUCCGCCGGGAAUUUAAGAAAAAUGUACCUGAGGAAAUCAGAGAGAUGGUGGCUCCUGUGUUAAAAAGCUUCCAAGCCGAGGUGGUGGCACUUAGUAAGAGAAGUCAAGAGGCUGAGGCUGCUUUUCUGAGUGUUUACAAGCAGCUCAUCGAGGCACCAGACCCCGUGCCCGUGUUUGAGGCAGCACGUGGCCCAGACGACAGACUGCAGCCCCCCAGCCUCGACCCCAGCGGGCAGCCCCAGCGCGACCCCCACACUCCCUGGAAGAGACACCCUGAGCUCUUUGGCCCCAAAGAGCAGAGAGAGGGGGCAUCCCCAGCAGGACCCACGCUGACCGACAGUGGCCGCCUUCCAGGCCUGCCCAGCAAAGCUCUCCUGACUGACACUUUGCUACAGAGAAAUGAGACGGAGAAACAGAAGGGCCUUCAAGAAGUCCAGAUCACUCUGGCGGCCAGGCUGGGGGAGGCGGAAGAGAAGAUCAAGGUCCUGCAUUCAGCGUUAAAGGCCACGCAGACUGAGCUGCUGGAGCUGCGGAGGAAGUACGAUGAGGAGGCGGCGUCCAAGGCAGAUGAAGUUGGCCUGAUCAUGACCAACCUGGAGAAGGCCAACCAGCGAGCUGAGGCUGCCCAGCGGGAAGUGGAGAGUCUCAGGGAACAGCUGGCCUCUGUCAACAGCUCCAUCCGCCUGGCCUGCUGUUCCCCUCAGGGACACGGUGGGGACAAAGUGAGCUUCGCGCUGUGCUCAGGGCCCCGGCUGGAGGCAGCUCUGGCCUCCAAGGACCGCGAGAUCCUGCGGCUGCUCAAGGACGCACAGCUCCUGCAGAGCUCGCUGCAGGAGCUGGAGGAGGCCUCCACCAGCCAGAUCGCAGACCUGGAGCACCAGCUCGCUGCCAAGUCCGAGGCCAUCGAGAAACUGGAAGAGAAGCUGCAGGCGCAGUCGGAUUAUGAAGAGAUAAAGACGGAGCUGAGCAUCCUGAAAGCCAUGAAGCUGGCCUCCAGCACCUGCAGCCUCCCCCAGGGUCUGGCCAAGCCUGAAGACUCACUGCUCCUGGCCAAGGAGGCCUUCUUCCCUGCACAGAAAUUCCUUCUGGAAAAGCCAGGCAUCCUGGCCAGCCCUGAGGAAGAUCCCUCAGAGGACGACUCCAUCAAGGAUUCCCUGGGCACGGAACAGCCCUACCCAUCCCCUCCACAGCUGCCGCCGCCGCCACCCGGGCCUGAAGACCCCUUGUCCCCUGGCCCUGGGCAGCCACUGCUGGGCCCCGAGGGGCCACGGCCCUUCUCCCUGUCCCCGUUCCCUGGCCUGGCCGCAGGGGACAGACUGACGGGGGACACACUGCUCCCCAAGCACGUGGUGCCCCCAGCCACCUUCAAGGGGGAGGCAGGCGGCCUGUUAAUGUUCCCCCCAGCCUUCUUCAGCACCAAGCCCCCCGUGACCCCUGCUACUCCUGCCCCCCCCGAACCCCCUGAGUCCAUGGAGGGUGGCAGCGGGGGACCCACGGGGGCCGGCACAGAAGAAGAGCCUCUGGACACGGCGGAGAUCGCCUUCCAGGUGAAGGAGCAGCUGCUCAAGCACAACAUCGGCCAGCGCGUGUUUGGCCACUACGUGCUGGGGCUGUCGCAGGGCUCUGUCAGCGAGAUCCUGGCUCGGCCCAAACCCUGGCGCAAACUCACCGUCAAGGGCAAGGAGCCCUUUCUGAAGAUGCGCCAGUUCCUGGCCGACGAGCAGAAUGUGCUGGCCCUGCGCACCAUCCAGGUGCGCCAGCGAGGCAGCAUCACCCCCAGAAUCCGCACCCCGGAGACAGGCUCAGACGACGCCAUCAAGAGCAUCCUGGAGCAGGCCAAGAAGGAGAUUGAAUCCCAGAAAGGGGGUGAGCCCAAGAACUCCACCACCCCACUGAGCAUCGCCAACAGCUCGGCCUCCACCAGCACCUCAGAGGAUGCCAUCAAGAACAUUCUGGAACAAGCCCGGCGUGAGAUGCAGGCGCAGCAGCAGGCCCUGCUGGACAUGGAGGCCUGUCCUCGGGGCCGCUCGGUGCCCCCAUCGCCCCCCGAGCGGCCCCCGCCGGCAGCUGGGAGCCAGAACGGGGCCCCCGCCCUGGUGAAGCAGGAGGACAUGGGCACGGGUGGGGGUCCCACGCACACGCCGCUCCCGGUGCUGUCCCCAGCUGCCUUCGUGCAGAGCAUCAUCCGCAAGGUCAAGUCCGAGAUCGGAGACGCCGGCUACUUCGACCACCACUGGGCCUCAGACCGUGGCCUGCUCGGCCGACCCUAUGCCUCUGUGUCACCCUCGUUGUCCUCCUCCUCCUCCUCCGGCUACUCCGGCCAGCCCAACGGGCGGGCCUGGCCCAGGGGAGAUGAGGCGGCCGCGGGCCCCGAGGACGAAGGCCCAGGAGGGGAGGACGAGCCCGGCAGGGUGGCUGAGCUCAAGGCCGAGAGCAGCGCAGAGGUGGGUGGUCGCCUGGCCUACUUCCCGGCCUACGUGCCGCGCUCGCUCAAGCCCACUGUGCCGCCACUGACGCCCGAGCAGUACGAGCUCUACAUGUACCGCGAGGUGGACACGCUGGAGCUCACGCGCCAGGUCAAGGAGAAGCUGGCCAAGAACGGCAUCUGCCAGCGCAUCUUCGGGGAGAAGGUGCUGGGCCUGUCCCAGGGCAGCGUGAGUGACAUGCUGUCCCGGCCGAAGCCCUGGAGCAAACUGACCCAGAAGGGCCGAGAGCCAUUCAUCCGUAUGCAGCUGUGGCUCUCAGACCAGCUCGGCCAGGCCGUGGGCCAGCCCAGCACCACGCAGGCCAGCCCCACUGAGCCCCGGGCCUCUCCGUCACCACCCCCCAGCCCCACCGAGCCGGAGAAGAGCGUCCAGGAGCCCCUGAGCCUGUCUCUGGAGAGCAGCAAAGAGAACCAACAGCCCGAUGGGCGGCCCAGCUCCACGUUGGGAGGGAAGGCGUAUUCUGGCAGCCAGGCAGCAGGGGGCAUCCAGGAGGUCGUGGCCAUGUCCCCUGAGCUGGACACGUAUUCCAUCACCAAGAGAGUCAAAGAGGUUCUCACAGACAACAAUCUAGGGCAGCGCCUGUUCGGGGAGAGCAUCCUGGGCCUGACGCAGGGUUCCGUGUCCGACCUGCUGUCCCGCCCCAAGCCCUGGCACAAGCUGAGCCUCAAGGGCCGGGAGCCAUUUGUGCGCAUGCAGCUGUGGCUCAGUGACCCCCACAACGUGCAGAAGCUGCGGGACAUGAAGAAGCUGGAGAAGAAGGCCUACCUGAAGCGCAGGUACGGCCUCAUCAGCACUGGCUCAGACAGCGAGUCCCCGGCCACCCGCUCUGAGUGCCCCAGCCCCUGCCUGCAGCCCCCGGACCUGAGCCUCCUGCAGAUCAAGAAGCCCCGCGUGGUGCUGGCGCCCGAGGAGAAGGAGGCGCUGCGCAAGGCCUACCAGCUGGAGCCCUACCCCUCCCAGCAGACCAUCGAGCUGCUGUCCUUCCAGCUCAACCUCAAGACCAACACCGUCAUCAACUGGUUCCACAACUACAGAUGAGAUUAAAAAGAAGAACACUUGUUCAAAGCCAUCACGAGACACUCAGAUCGACCAAAACUCGAUCGCCUCUGAAUGCACUCCCACCUGUCUGUGAGACACUGCGCUGAGAAAGUCCAGGAGACUCUAAAGGAAAGCUCCGUGCCAUCGAAGAUGAGCUUCGUGACGGUGGCCUGUCCCAAGACCCCAAGGACCAUCCCAGGCCCCUCGUCAGAGGCACAGUGGGCUGGACCUUCGCCUCACCUGCCACGCCCGAGUCAGCGUCUCAAACCCGGGCUCUCAGCUGUGCUGUCAGGUGGGCCCUGGUGCUGUUUCUAGAAGACACCUGCAACUACCAGUCCACGCAGAACCAACAGGGCUGCCUUCCUGCCCCCCCUCGACUUCACGCCCAACCCAGCUGCAGGGGCAGGAGGGCCCGGCUGGGACGCAGCCAUCACCCACUGAUUUGCGGAGCCUGUCAUUCUUGCUUCUAUUCCUUUUUGCAAACUCUCUGUGGGAAGGCUGAGCUGGGUGCCCCCACCCAAGAUGAACACCAGAAUGACAGUGUAAAGAUGGCCACCAGUGGGGCCAGGCCAGUGCCCCAGGGGUAGGUGGCCAAGGGAGCACGCCAAGGAGGGCAUCCUGGCAGAUGGCACCUGCCCCCAGCAAGUCCACUGUUCACAUUUUUAUCCAGAGGAAGGUAUUUUUAUAUUCUGACACUAGCAAACAGUGACCACUUUUCCGAGCACUCAGAUCUGGAAUAAACUCAUCACCGUCUGAGACAACGGUGGGAAGGGUUGGGGAACAAACCCCCUUUUUACUGUUGGAACCCACCCAGCGUGGAGACCCAGGGUUCCCUACAGACUCUGAUUCUUUGAGAACCAAAUCUGGCUUUUGAGUGAUGGGAUUUGUCUAAGCACUUAGCAUAGUCUCCUGAACAAAGAAAUCCUGUUGUCCUGGAAGCUAGCAGGCCUCGAACACCUUGGGGGGGGGGUGACCACACCCUCUAGCAGUCCAAAUGAAACGGACCCACAAUGCCAUUUCUAUGAGAGAUUGAUAAACUUUGUUUAAAAUUUGGAGAGAAAAAAAAAAGGACACAUUCUGUCAGUGCACCUCUCAAUACAGAAUUGUAUAAUAA